AUGACGUUCCCUCAAACCACAGAUGGUCGAUCAAUGCCAACAAUAAUAUCAACAAGCCAAGUGUCCCUGGCCAAAAUUGUGGCACUCUGGUGUGUGGAGCCUAAGUGUGGGGUGUCCAAGAGCGUGAAGCGUAAGUGCCCAGAGUACCAGAUGAACUCCCCAGAGUCCCAAACCAAGACGUCUGUGCCACAGAACACUGGUCACCAGAGUCCUGGGCCUACUAAAAAGGAUGACACUGUUCAUCAGACCUGUACAACCCAAAGCCUUCUAGAGCUACUGCCUAACUUGGAACUUUUUCUCAAACCCAAGCCCAUCCCUAGGAAGGUUCUGGCUGUCACUCUGUCCCACAAUGUAGAAAGACUCUUGCUGAACAUUACUCAGCCACUUCUGCAGCCUCCUGUUCAGCUUCCCCUGGUGAACACUGGUAGAAUUAACGUCAUCUCCAAGAUGUCUCAUUAUCAGCACAAACAACCUGUGAGCCUUCCUCCUGCCCUCAACCAGGAGCAGUGUAAGCAGCCCCUGCCCCAGAUCCCUGUCCCUGUCCCUGUCCCACAGGAACAAGUGAAGCAGCCCACGCCAGUACCUGUGCCAUGCCCAGUGCCUGAGCAAGUCCUCUAUGGGCAAGAAGAGCACACCAUUCCUGUGAAGAGUGUUCCUGUUCUUACUCCACAGCUGGACCAGAAAGGAGAGCAUCAACUGGAAGAGCAUCUGGAACAUAAGCAAGAACAGCAUCUGGGAGAGCAGCUGGAACAUAAGCAAGUGCAGCAGCUGGAAGAGCAGCUGGGACAUAAGGAAGAACAGCAGCUGGGAGAGCAGCUGGAGCAUAAGGAAGAGCAGCAGCUAGAACAUAAGCAAGUGCAGCAGCUGGAAGAGCAGCUGGGACAUAAGCAAGAGCAGCAGCUGGAACAUAAGAAAGAACAGCAGCUGGAGCAUAAGGGAGAGCAGCAGCUGGAACAUAAGGGAGAGCAGCAGCUGGAACAUAAGGAAGAACAGCAGCUAGAACAUAAGGAAGAACAGCAGCUGGAACAUAAGGGAGAGCAGCAGCUGGGAGAGCAGCUGGAGCAACAGGGGGAGCAUAAGCAAGAACACCACCUGGUACAUAAGCGAGUGCAGCAGCUGGAAGAGCAGCUAGGACAUAAGGAAGAACAGCAACUGGAGCAUAAACAAGAGCAGCAGCUGGAACAUAAGGGAGAGCAGCAGCUGGAACAUAAAGAAGAACAGCAGCUGGAACAUAAGCAAGAGCAGCAGCUGGAACAUAAGGGAGAGCAGCAGCUGGAACAUAAAGAAGAACAGCAGCUGGAACAUAAGGAAGAACAGCAGCUGGAACAUAAAGAAGAACAGCAGCUGGAACAUAAGGGAGAGCAGCAGCUGGGAGAGCAGCUGGAGCAACAGCUAGAGCAUAAGCAAGAACACCACCUGGUACAUAAGCGAGUGCAGCAGCUGGAAGAGCAGCUAGGACAUAAGGAAGAACAGCAGCUGGAGCAUAAGCAAGAGCAGCAGCUGGAAGAGCAGCUGGAACAUAAGCAAGAGCAGCAGCUGGAAGAGCAGCUGGAACAUAAGGGAGAGCAGCAGCUGGAACAUAAGCAAGAGCAGCAGCUGGAGCAUAAGCAAGUACAGCAGUUGGAAGAGCAGCUGGAACACAAGCAAGAACAGCAGCUGGAGCAUAAGCAAAUGCAGCAGUUGGAAGAGCAGCUGGAACAUAAGCAAGAACAGCAGCUGGAACAUGAACAAGAGCAGCAGCUGGAAGAGCAGCUGAAACAUAAGGGAGAGCAGCAGCUGGAACAUAAGGGAGAACAGCAGCUGGAGCAUAAGCAAGUGCAGCAGUUGGAAGAGCAGCUGGAACAUAAGCAAGAGCAGCAGCUGGGAGAGCAGCUGGAGCAGCAGGAAGGGCAGCGGCUGGAGCAGCAGCUGGAGCAGAAGGAAGAGGAGCUAAAGCAGCAAUUGGAGGAGCAGGAAGAACAGCAGCAGCAGCUGGAGCCACAACAGGAGCCUCAAGGGUGCAUUGAAGUUCCCAUCCCCAUCAAAGAACCUGCGCUGGUCCCCCAGGCUCCAGAAGAGCACUUCCCUGCCAUGGAGCAGCAACAGCGGAAGCAGCAGGUGCAGUGGCCCUUCAAACAAUAAUAACUCUCCCCAGCUUUCCUGCCCAGGGACCUCUUCUCCCCAUAAAAUGAAGAGUUAGAGAGAGACCUGCCCAGGCUUACCUCAUGCUUUCCCCAGCCUAGGUGGUCCGCCUCAACCUGUGAACGCCCCGGAUUCCCUUCCUCUCUCAGCAUAUUUCAUCCAUCUCUAGGACUGGGGGUGGACAUUGAAAGAGGGGAGACCAUUCUCUCCCUUGUCCUGCCUCCCCCUAACCCAUCCGCACCUUGGGAAUUGAGCCUCUACUCAGUGGACUGUGUAAUCUUU